AACAGAGGGAACAGUUACACUCCUGUGAUCUGCAACUCUAAGCCUGACACAGCUGCCAUGACCUCCUACAGCAUUCGCCAGACAAGCUCCUCCGGCUCUUAUAGAGGCUUGAGUGCCCCUGUUGGAGCUAGCAGAACGUUCUACAAAGCCCCAAGUGUCCAUGGUGGCUAUGGGGGCCAGGGCAUUUCUGUUUCUUCUGCCAGAUUGGUUUCUUCUGGCAUAGGUGGGAGCCUUGCUGGUGGUAACUAUGGAGGUGGUAACUAUGGAGGUGGUAGCUAUGGAGGUGGUAGCUAUGGAGGUGGUAGCUAUGGCGGUGGUAACUAUGGAGGUGGUAGCUAUGGUGGUGGGUUUAGCAGUGGUGUUGGUUCUGGAUAUGGUGGUAGGCUCAGUGUCAGUGUAUCAGGGGAUGGCCUGCUGUCUGGCAAUGAGAAGGCGACCAUGCAGAAUCUGAAUGACCGACUGGCAUCAUACCUGGAUAAGGUGCACACUCUGGAGACCGCCAAUUCAGGCUUGGAGCUGAAGAUCCGGGAGUGGUAUGAAAAGCAGGGACCCAGCCCUUCCCGUGACUACAGCAAAUAUUUUACAAUCAUUGAGGAGCUCAGAGGCAAGAUCCUUGAUGCCACCGUUGACAAUUCCAAGAUUGUACUGCAAAUUGAUAAUGCCAGGCUGGCUGCAGAUGACUUCAGAACCAAGUAUGAGAAUGAGUUGGCCCUGAGACAGAGUGUGGAAUGUGACAUCAAUGGCCUACGCAAGGUCUUGGAUGAGCUGACCUUGUGCAGAACUGACCUGGAACACCAGAUUGAAAACUUGAAGGAAGAGCUGGCUUACCUGAAGAAGAAUCAUGAAGAGGAAAUGAACGCAUUGCGUGGACAAGUUGGUGGGCAAGUCAGCGUUGAAGUGGAUGCGGCACCGUCGGUGGAUAUUUCCAAGAAAUUGACAGAAAUGAGGGCACAGUAUGAGCUCAUGGCUGAAAAGAACCGCAGAGACGCAGAGGAGUGGUUCUUCAGUCAGUCGGAAGAGUUAAACAAAGAAGUGGCAACUCAUACAGAACAGAUUCAGACCAGCAAAACGGAGAUCACAGACCUGAGACGCACAAUCCAAGGGCUGGAAAUAGAACUGCAGUCACAGUACAGCAUGAAAGCAGCCCUUGAAAACACACUGGCGGAAACAGAAGCCCGUUAUGGAGCCCAGCUAGGGCAAAUACAGAGUAUGAUCAGUAACCUAGAAGCACAGCUUGUAGACCUGCGAAGUGACAUGGAGCGGCAGAACCACGAAUACAAGAUGCUCAUGGACAUCAAGACCCGUCUGGAGAAAGAGAUCAGCACCUAUCGUCAGCUACUAGAAGUGCAUGAUACACACUAAAAUCUUAGGAAAGUGAGGCCACGUGGGGACCUGAGACAGCCUGCAAUCAAGUCCACCUUCACUAAUUGCAUUGAAAACGCUUAUGGGGAGUCCAUCACACACAGAUCCAUUACUUUUCCCACUGCCACAAAAAUGAUGAUGCUUUAGAAAUUCACUUGCAUAACCUCACUUGUUUACAAGCUUCAACUGUCUUAAUAAAUGGUUUUUGGGCCAAGCAUUAAAAAACA